AUGCACGAUCAAUCAAAACUUUCUGAUCCCGAGAUCGAUCCAGAUCUAAUCAGGAUUUUCUCGAAGGAAGAAGAGAGCAACACUGCCCCUGGCUGUAGCACGUCCGAUGGUUUCGACAUCAAAGAAUUAAAUCGAGAAGUUUUAAACAGCGUUUCUAGAUUUCAAAAUGAGGUAAAGGCGGCUUUUAAAACAAACAAUGGUUCACUCGAUGACUUAUCUUCAUUGAAAACAAACCCCGAUUCAUUCCACGACACAGAGCUUGUAUAUACGAAACCCAUUAGUGGGUUCCCACAGAUUGAUUUGAGAAAUCGUGGACAUCUCAAACAUAAACGAAACGCGUCUCUCGAUUUUGUCGUGCCAAAGCAAACAAUAAAACGAUUUCAAAGUUUGCCUAGUUUAAACGAUGAUUACGAUGAAAACAUUUUUGAUGACUUCCACUCCAGCAGAUAUGAAAAAGUUAUUCGGAACUAUUUAGAAAGCGAUACUUGUUUUUUGAACCAGCUGCGUGAAUGUUCUAACAUAAAUUUAAGGCCUGAGAACGCCAACAAUAACGAUCAUCAAGAGAUACCUAUCCACGGAGUCAAAUCCUUGCAAAACACUACCGCUUUCUGUAACGUAGAGCAUGCGUCUUCUGGAGUUGAUUCCAUUGACAACCAUGAAGAUAGCACAACGUUAUCUGGCACUAAUAUAGAUUAUAGACCCACCAUUUCACAGCCGAGGCGUUGCCCAAUAGAAAACUGUGAAAUACCAGACUGUCUACUCUCCAACAGACAACCCGAAUUUGUACCAGAAGUCAAAUCACAGCUGAGGAAAAAGUUUUCAAUUCUGGUAAAAACACUACGGGAAAAAUUACGUCGAAUGGUCAUUAUAGAUGAUACGCCUGUGUACACCAACAAAGAAGUUGCCCACCCUAAGUUUACGGGAACAGAAAUAGCAUAUAAGACAUAUUUGGCGGGGAAGAAGAACGUUGAACGACACCAAGCUAUCCAAGUCUCAGACUUUUUGGAGUUCUUCAAGUUUGAUAUCUCUGUGGUGCCCCAAACUGGGCCCAUUAAUCCGAUAGAAACCAUACAAAAAGGCCUGGGAAUUGAGAAACUCCAUCUGCCGGUGGGGCCAAUUGAUUUCCGACCCCAGCGUCCAGAUAAUGAAGGUACACAUGAUAUUCCAACAUCGAACAGUACGAAAAUGCGUAAAUUUAGUUGGUUUUCACGUACACAAAAAUCUGAUGGUGAUCUUCCACUUGAAAGAAAACCAUCCUCCUUGAGAAAUCCACACCAUGAUGACACGGCCGAGCCACAGUCGAGUAGUUCCGCCAAAACAAAGAUGACAUAUUUGACGGGGAAAGAUGCUUUCAAUUAUUAUCAACUUUUGGCCACAAUAGACGCCAAAUGUAAGGUCAGUCAGCUGAAGGAAGAGCGAGAGCGGAUGUUGAAGAUAUACGAGUGGAAGCAGAAGACUCUCAUCGAAGUUGUCAAAAUUGCUAGAGAUUACUACAGCGAUCCGAGGGAAAUCAAGCUAGAGAGAUGGAAGACGCUAAAGCAGGACCUAGCGAAGGAGCACCAGAGCGACACGGACGUCAGGGUGCGUGUCUCCACAGUCCCAGACCACUGGCCCUUCUUCAGCGUUUUCAUGAUCAUGUCCCACAUCACGACUUUGGGAAUUCUUCUACUCAAGUUUGGGUUUGAUAAAAACGGUAUGACAACACGGCAGCUGACUCAGCACGACAUUCCCACCUUCCUUGGGCUGGAGACCAUCACGCGACUCGAGGAACCCAAUCCUUGGAUGGGGCCGCCGAUACACUUUUUUUUCGCUGCUGGUGCUGUUUUUGCGCCGUGUGUGCGGGAAGAUAAUCGACUGAGCGAGACAGGAACCAGAAAGGAAUAUAGAGCAUUGAAUGCAAAAAAUGUAAACUAUUUCGGAUGCUGUGAAAUGAGAAGUCACAUCAAUAUAGCAGGAACGACAACUCUGAACGAAUGUAUGAAAAUGUCAGAAAACCUCGGCUACUGGACAAGAGGAGUUCUCUGUAGUGCGCGCGCACAUGCAGUGAAAACAUUUGCGCAGCUUAUACGGCCUUGUUGUGUUGGGACAUACGGCCAGUGCGAGAUGGUCUCCCACGAACACUGCAUCUUCUUAAAGGGUAUCUUUCACCUGGAGCUGGACCACUGUGUACAGAUCAACUGUCUGAUCGAUUUGUGCCGAUUAUCGAUCCACGAGAGCAACAUCGUGCCGUCUGAAGACCACCCCUGGUUACCCAGCAAAAACUCCCAGUGGCAGUGGUGGAGGUUCUUAACGUCCAUGCCACUGACCUAUGGGGUCAUUCACUUGCUGGUCAUUUUACCCGUGGAGGUGAUCAUGAUGAUACCCCUAGAGAUAUCGGCUGGGUGGCAUCGAGUGCUCAUUAUUUUUACCUGCAGCUCCAUUUCUGGGCAACUGAUGUCAAGCAUAGCAGACCCUGACUUGCCGCACGUUGGCUCCACCCCCGGGGUGGCUGGGAUUCUUGGCGUGGCUGUUCUGGAACUAUUUCAAGCUUGGAAUUUCCUCAGACACCCAGUGUGGGAGUGCAUCAAACUCGUCCUCGUCAUCUUCCUUUAUCUCUUCUUGGGGACAUUACACUUGUUUGGGUUUUUUAGCUUUGUGACUGGGUUUUUUGUGGGAAUGAUGGGGUGUCUGAUGGUAGUCCCAUACAUCACGUAUGGGAGGCGACUCAGUCGUUGGAGAUUUCGACUUGUGCUGAUUGGUUUUUGUUUAAUAACACCAACGUUACUUACAAUUCAUAGCACAUUCCGCUUUGUUCAGAAAUUUUAUAUGUGUAUGUCUUGUCCAGCUAUUGAGUGUUUGCCAUACACAUCAGUCAUGUGUAAAACAAGCACAUAUUGGGAUUAACAGCACUACACUGAAUGAGAUGUUCCUCUGGUAAUGAUUAACAAUUGAAUCAGUAACAGGAGCAUGGAACUCAACCAUGAACAUUCAAACACUUAAAUGCGCUUAUUUCCCAUUUAACUUGUAAUAGUUUUUAUUAAUUAUUAACAUUACAUUUUUUCCAGAGAAAAAUAUUGUAAUGUUUAUUUUUUUUAUUAAAAAAAAUUAACUGUCAAAGUAACAGUAUGCUUGUUGUGGAUGUGUUUUUUUGUGUUGAUUUUUAGUAAAAUCUUAAUUUAUACUUAAGAGAGUUAAA